AUGGAGGUAAAUUUGAGUGUGUGGGUGUUUGCAAGAGAGGUAAAAGCGAGGGAGUUUCUUGCUGGGAGGCCACAGGUGGAGGUGGCAACUGCUGGGCUGAAACGACUUGAGUCCUACCCAUGUUCUGUCGAAGCUGUGUCCUAUGUGGUGGAGGGCGAGGCUAGGGCAGGGCUUAUCAGCCCGGAGGGUAUUCGCACCAACCCACCGAGUGCUGGCGAAGGCAUGGGGCGUGGAGGAAGCAGAUGUGACACAGCUGCUGUUUCCCUUCUGUCUCUCACUGCCGUGCCUCCUGUGUACCCUUUCUCUCUGCCUCUCCAUGUUUGUUCCCCAUCACACACACAGCCACCGAGUGCUAAUGAGAUCAUGGAAUGUGGAGGAAGCAGACGUGGCACAGCUGCUGCUUUCAUUCCUCUGUUCACUCUGCUUCCCGGUUACCAUUGUCCUCUGCCUUUUUGCCUUUGUUCCCCGUCCUACAGCCGUCGAGUGCUAGCGAGGGCCUGGGGCGUGGAGGAAGCAGAUGUGGCACAGCUGCUGCAGGGGCAGAAUGAUGCAGCCAUUGCAAAGGUCCACCCGGGGAAGGUGGUAUCUGCUGCCUCAGCCGCUGAUAACUCGGAAGCCACUGUAGCGUUUGGUGAUUUCGUGUACAACCUUAUAGAGGAGCAGGCUUCUAUCGAGACGCCUGGGGGUGGCACUCUGAGCACUGCCGAUGGCUUCAAGCUGCCGGUGUUCCGUCACCUGGGCGUUUCUGCUGCUCGCAUCAACUUGCUGCCCAAUGCCAUGGCAGCGCCGCAUUGGCUGUCCAACGCAGCAGCCAUUCACUUUGUGACACGUGGCAGUGGGCGAUUUGAGAUAGCUUAUCCGGACGGCAGGAAGGCACUGAGGAAGCGUGUGAACGCAGGAGACGUGGUGGUGGUGCCGGCUGCCUUCGCUCAUGCUGUUGUGAGUGGUGCAGUGUGGUGCAGUGUGGUGCAGUGUGGUGCAGUGUGGUGCAGUGUGGUGGCGUCAGGGGAGGGAUUAGAAUACAUUGCUCUUUCCCCAAAGUCCAAACCCAAGCCUGGCUUCUUAGCCGGAGGCAAUUCAGUCUACAGUGCGCUGCCUACCGCUGUACUGAAGGCUGCUUUUAACGUGGAUAAAGCUCUGGUGGGAAAGCUGCGGGAAUCCAGGGAAGGGGAGUAUGUGAUCCUGUCCCCUGCGAAAGGAAAGGAAGAGGGUGGGUUUUGA